UUCUACGUCACACGUAUGCGCAAUGAAAUGCUUCCUGUUUUCCAUCUCCAGGCCAAACACCAUUGGCGAAGCACACGAUUAUUACACUGCGAGACUUUGGUUAACCAUGCAGCUGUUUGUGCGUGCUCAGACUCUCCACACCUUUCAGGUGUCUGGGUUAGAAACUGUCGCUGACAUCAAGGCUCAUAUUGAGGCAUUGGAGGGACUCUCCUGUGAUGACCAGAUGGUUUUUUUGUGCGGGGAACCCCUGCAGGAUGAUGCUAUGAUUGGCCAAUCGGCACUGGAGUUCAGCACUCUUGAGGUUAUCCCCCGACUGUUGGGAGGCAAAGUCCAUGGCUCCUUGGCCCGAGCGGGGAAAGUCAGGGGACAGACUCCCAAGGUGGAUAAGCAAGAGAAGAAGAAAAAGAAGACUGGUAGGGCUAAAAGGAGGAUCCAGUAUAAUAGGCGCUUUGUGAAUGUGGUACCAACAUUUGGCAAGAAGAAGGGACCCAAUGCCAACUCAUAAAACUAUUUUCCCAAAGCCUUGUGUCUGCUCUCAUCACAGUUCAACAUUGACAUGACCAUUCAUGCAGUGCGAGCAAUGGACUGGGAGCAAUAUGUCAUUUAUAAUUACAUUUGUCACUGGGAUGAAAUACAAUAAAACUCAGUGAGGAAAGAGUGGUACUCUGCA